UAGUGUGGACAACACAGCUUGGUUUCUGGGACUGCCAUGAUGUUCAGGUUCUCUUGGAUUUGCCUCCUCUUGGUGCAUGGCAUCUGCUCUCAACAGCUACACCAAGGGAUGGGAUUUCCCCAAGGUUUGGGGUUUCUGGGGUCUAUGAAGCCAAUGAGUGAUCUUGGUUCAAGUAAGACUGGAGGUAAUCCAAGUACCAGUGAACCUGGAAAGGGCAAUGUUGGUGGAGCUAAAGGAUCCACCACUUCCACUCAAGACGUGGUACAGAUGCCAGGAAACCAGGCAGGUUCAAAUGCGGGCCCAGGUACCCCAUGGAUGGCAGUUCCCAUGCUUCCAACAGGCUUCUAUGGCAUGCACCAGGCAAGCCAGCAGGGAGCUUCAUCUGGCGCUACUGGUGGGGGUCAGAAAACUCAGUCUGUCAGCCAGGCAGUCCAGGCCCCAGAAAUGACGAGUCGGGUGACUAUGCAAAUGCCAAAGCAGCAGACCCAAGCCCCAGCCCUGAUGUUCCAGGCCCCUGUGCAGAUGUCUCAACAGCAAGUCCAAGUGUCCCAGGCUAAAGCACCCCAACAGCAAGCUGAGGUGCCCAAAGGCAGCUCCUCCACAGCGUCCGCUUCCACUGGGGCUACCUCAUCGGCGAUGUACCAGGCCCUUGCUCAGAUGGCCCAACAGCAAGCCCAGGCCCAGAUGCAGGCUGCAGCUCAGAGGGCCCAACAACAAGCUCAGGGUGCAGCUCAAAUGGCCCAGGCGCCAGUUCCGAUGGCCCAGCAGGAAGUCAAAAUGCCCCAGGCUGCAGCUCACAUGUCCCAGGCACAGAUGCCAGGAAACCAGGCAGGUUCAAAUGGGGGCACAGGUAUCCCAUGGAUGGCAGUUCCCAUGCUUCCAACAGGCUUCUAUGGCAUGCACCAGGCAAGCCAGCAGGGGGCUUCAUCUGGCGCUACUGGUGGGGGUCAGAAAACUCAGUCUGUCAGCCAGGCAGUCCAGGCCCCAGUAAUGAUGGCCCAGGUGGCCAUGCAGAUUCAAAAGCAGCAGGCCCAACCCCCAGCCCAGAUGUCCCAGUCGCCUGUUCAGAUGUCUCAACAGCAAGUUAAAAUGCCCCCGGCUCCAGCUCCCCAACAGCAAGUCCAAAUGUCCCAGGCUGCAUCACCCCAACAGCAUGCUAAGGUGCCCCAAGGCAGCUCCUCCACAGCGUCUGCUUCCACUGGGAGUAGCUCAUCAGGUAUGGCCCAGAUGUACCAGGUCCUUGCUCAGAUGGCCCAACAGCAAGCCCAGGCCCAGAUGCAGGCUGCAGCUCAGAUUGCACAACAGCAAGCUCAGGCCGCAGCUCAAAUGGCCCAGGCGCCAGUCCAGAUGACCCAACAACAAGCCCAGGCGCCAGUCCAGAUGUCCCAGGCGCCAGUCCAGAUGUCCCAGGCGCCAGUCCAGAUGUCCCAGGCGCCAGUGCAGAUGUCCCAGGCGCCAGUGCAGAUGUCCCAGGCGCCAGUGCAGAUGUCCCAGGCGCCAGUGCAGAUGUCCCAGGCGCCAGUGCAGAUGUCCCAGGCGCCAGUGCAGAUGUCCCAGGCGCCAGUGCAGAUGUCCCAGGCGCCAGUGCAGAUGUCCCAGGCGCCAGUGCAGAUGUCCCAGGCGCCAGUCCAGAUGUCCCAGGCGCCAGUCCAGAUGGCCCAGGCUUCAGCUCACCAACAGCAGGCUAAGGUGCCACAGGCUGCAGCUUCUGUGAGUUCAGGCCCUACUGGUUCCACAGGUGCAGCAUCCCCUUCAGCUGAGGCUGCCUCAUCAAGCCAAGAUCGCUUUGUCACUCUAACCGCACCAUCAGGCUUCCAAACCACUUAUGUUGUACGGUCUUUCCAUCGCUACUCGCGAGGCAAGAGGGUCUUUUCCCAAACCACCUACAUCCCCCUGGACUUCCCUCCUCCUAUUGAGACUGCUGAUCCUGAACAGAAGACCCAGGAUGGAAGAGAGCCUGAUGCUCCUGCACCAGCUGUUGCGAAAGGCCAGGCUGUACUCCCUGCAAGGAAGGGAUGAGUGGCUGUUCUCCAAGCUCAGAAGUGCAUUUUUUAUGGAUGAGCGCAUUGAAUUGAAUAAAUGGGCAAUUUUAAAUA